AAGCCUUCUUGUCCUUGUGCAAGACUUUCGCUUCUCCUGCAAGUCGGAUUUUCCCUUGCAGUAGCUGAACGAGAAAUGAAUUUCGAACACAGAGAUCUUCACUUGGGGAAUGUCUUGGUCAAGGAAAGUCCUGUGUCUCGUGCUAGGAAUCCUUCUUUAUCCUCUAAAACAUCAUCAUCUUCUUCUUACCCUUUUCCAUCCGGCUCCGUCUCGUCAUCGUCCACAUCUCCAAAAAGUUACUGUAAGUAUUGUUCCCACUUGGAAGGGGUGGACGAAGAAUCUGAUAAAGAAAAUAAAGAACAUUUCAUUAUUGAAAAAGUCAACAAUUACGAAUAUGUGGAAUUUCGUCUGAAUAAUCAGAUGAUCAGAGUUCCCAAAUGUGGUAUCACGGCUUAUCUUAUAGACUUUACUUUGUCCCGUUUAGAACAAGAUGGUGGUUUUGUCUAUGUUGACUUAAGUAGUGACACUACUUUGUUUCAGUCCAAAGGUGAUUAUCAAUUCGACAUAUAUCGUCGUAUGAAAUCACAUAAUCGGUAAGUAUACAUAAAAUGAUAUACUUUUUUGUGUUCAAGUAAAUCAUCUUUAAAUAUUCCCAUUUAUAAUAUUAUAACUAGACAUAUAAGCGAACAAUAUUGUUAUUUCCAAUUAGAUCUACUUCAGGCUUUACUCUGAUUUACAUAGACUUAUAUAUAAAAAAUUUUAACCAAUGACAGUGAUUUUGUGGAUCAAAUAAUAAUAAUGUGGUAAAUGUUUUGAACGUCGUUAAUAACGAUGAUUAUAAUGAUAAAAUAUUGAUAAUAAGGCUAAUAAAGGUGAUAAGAAUAACAAAGUUAGUAUAUGCAUAUAUGUAGACAAUUCAAUAAAUAAAUAAAUUAGGUCAAAUCAAAUGGAACGAUCAUCAGAGUUUAAAUAAAUAUCAUAGAAGUACGAAGGAGAUGGAUGAUAAGAAAGGGUGGGAGGGUUUUGAAUAGAAUGCAUCUAGGCCAAGGGAGAGGUAGAACAAACUUUUUUGUAUACAAAGACACUAGGAUUGUUCUCUCGAAUUCCCAUAGCUUCGGCUAAGUGUAAAAAACGGGUUCUGAUUCCGUUCGAAUGACUCGAUGGAAUGCGGUGAAUAACUUUGAAGGUACUAUUUUUGUCCACUUGGUGACCGCUAUCAAUCGAAUGAGCCAAGAUAGGACUUCGUAUGGAUUUUAUUUGACCUUUUCCGAACCAUAAGGGAGGAUGCUCAUUAAUGCGUUUGUUAAGCUGUCUGGUUAUUCGGCCUAUAUAGCCAGCUUUCUCCACAGGAAGUGGCACAGCUAGCUGAAUAGCCUAUCCUUCACUUGAGCAAUCAAAACUGGUCGGCUGGAAAAUGACAAACAGAGGGUGGCGGCAGUAUAAGUCCGUUUUAUCGCUCUCGAUGAUCUCUGAUGUAAGACUUCACUAGCCACGUCCCCAUUAAAUUGGAGUUUCAUGAACAGUUGUUUCUUUUCAACUGUUGUCGGUUUAUCUUUAUUUUACUUGGUGUUCAUGUGUCUUCAUACAAAUCUACUAGGACAACCCAUUUGGACUAACGUAUUUUGGAUGUAUCCUAACUCAUUCUCUAGCAAGUCAUCUGUACAGAUGCGUCUUGCUUUAUUCGUUAGGCAUCUGACCAAAUUGAUUUUGUAUCGGAUUGGUACAUAACUGAGGAAAUGUGUAUAUUGUCCUACAGACGUAGGUUUUCUAUAGACAUCUCUCCUGAGUGAAACAUCCUCUCUUCUGCUCAAUUGGACGUCAAAGAAGACUUUUGCCUGACAAGGUUUUUCUUUAACUGAUGUCAGCUAGCUUGUGAUUGUACUUGUAACCAGUCGGAUCCCCUGCAUACACUAACACUUGAUAAAAUCUUUCUCCUCUCCCAUAGAAAUGAUUGGAAGAAGUUUUCGCCGAAAACCAAUGUUAUGUGGUUUCACUUUUUGACGACAAAACUAUGCUGUGAUUCGCCCGAACUAGCCUCAUCAUCUGCUGCAUCGAACGUCAUGCUAUUUGUUGUGAACAGCUGAAAGACUUAGAGUUGAGCACACGGAGAUUCAAAUACAAAUCCGCAUUCGACUUGGUGACAACACACAAAUUGUUUAAAAACUGUCGGUAUUUUUUCAGUGAUAAGUAACUUCUCCAAACGUGGUUGUGAAUGUGUGUGUGUGUUACCCUUUCACAUUUUGAAUUGUGCUCUUUCAUUUUUUGUCUUCCUGCCUUUUUUUGUUUUCUGUGCCUUCUGAUUUUUUUGUACUUAAGUAACACUAUUAUUUUUUUCUAUUGUUUUUAUUUUGUUGAUUGAGAUAGAAAUUAGAUAUAUGUAUAUAUUUUCUAGCAAAAAUGUCUGUUAGUUGAUGUUUAUUCGGUUGAAAUAUAGGCAUUUGUUGUGAAUUGUUGCUUGUGUUAUGUUAUAUAUAAUGCAUCCAACCUGUGUUUAAGAAGGCUAGUGGCGUGCAACUACACCACCAGUGUGAUUGAUUGACUGGAACUGUCAUCAGAUGGCUUGAAGCAUUGGAAGGAAGCUAAGAGUUACCGGAGUGUUUUUUUUCGUAUCAGUUUGGGACUUUUUGGCAAUACGCGCAUCCGUGUCCCCAAUCGGCGGUCGGAAUCAGGAUUCGUAGUUUAUAUGGGUGAUUCGUUGACCACUUAGCCACUGGGAUAAGGUCUGAUAGCUUAUCGUCUUAUAACCGUAAAGUUCAUUGAAAUGGACCUCGAUGAGGUCCAGUUCUCCCAGCUGUUUCUUUCAUCUGUUCUCUAACUGAUCUCGGUCAGUUCGUGAUCUUACUUCAAAUCCUUGCAAACGAACUCUUGAAAGGUAGUUAGUUGUAGCUGCUAAAC